AUGGAACCAGAUACCACUGUCAAUGGGUCUUACACUUUGUAUGACAUCCAUCCCUGCUUUGAAUUAGAUAAUACAACUUACAGUAUUACAAGCCAACCUUCCAUAAUAUGUGUAUUGGUGUAUAUGUUCCUUAGCUUAUUAUCUGUGGCUACAAUAUGUGGAAACCUUCUUGUAAUUAUCUCUAUCAUUUACUUCAAACAGCUUCACACUCCUACAAACUACCUUAUUCUGUCUCUGGCUGUGGCUGAUAUGCUUGUUGGGGUUUUAGUUUUUCCUCUCAGCAUGAUAUACACUAUAAACUCUUGUCUGUAUCAUGAAGAUGUAUUUUGUAAAGUAAGAGACUGUUUUGAUGUUGCACUGAGCACAUCUUCUAUACUGAAUUUGUGUUGUAUUUCUAUAGACAGAUAUUAUGCAAUUUGUCAUCCUCUAACAUAUAAAAGUACAGUAACUGUUAAUGUUGUUAGGAUUAUGAUCCUGGUGAUUUGGAGCAUUGCUGCUCUAAUUGGAAUUGGAAUCACAGUUGGAGGAUUUAGUCAAGGAACAUGUGAGGAAAUGUGCUCUGUCGAUGUUGUACUGUCAAACAUUAUGGGACCCAUAUUGGCCUUUUAUUUUCCAGCGAUCAUUAUGCUGUGUAUCUACGUAAAGAUUUUCCUUGUUGCUCAGAAACAGGCAAUCAGUAUCCAAAGGACAAAAUCUGGAGUAACUGCAAGUAAGAUGGAGAAAAAGGCCACAAAAACACUUGCUAUUGUGAUGGGGAUUUUCCUUUUAUGUAUGACUCCAUACUUCAUUUGUGUUGUCUUUCAGCCUUUAGCCUCUGAUCCUCCAUCUUUCUCUCUGAUUGAGGCACUUAACUGGCUUACAUUGUCCAACUCAAUGCUUAAUCCAUUUAUUUAUGCUUUCUUUUACAGCUGGUUCAGAUCUGCUUGUAGUAUGAUAAUUUCUGGAAAAAUAUUUCAAGGUGAUUUUACCAACACAAGACUUUUUUGA